CGGGGUUCAAAGGAAAUAAAAACCGAGAAAAGGUUGAAGAAAAAAGAAGAACAAGGAAAAUUUGGAGAGAAAUCUCUAGGUCAUGUGAUCUGCUUGGUGUUUAGUCAUAUUGUCCAGUUCAUUGAAGCAGAAGUGAUCCCCUUUGAAAUUGAUCUUCGAAUUGAACAAAAAAUCAUCAACAAUCAACAGGUAUUUCUUUAACACGGAAGAGGGUGCUCCAUCAGAGAAGAUUUCGGAGAGUUUAAACCAUAUAUUUCUUGGCCAUUAUGGAAUAAGACGGCAAAUAGUUCAAGACUACCAUGCUGUUUCUCGGUCUGUGCUGCGUUCUGAUACUAGCACAUACCACAGGAGGUGUAGAAUGGCCUUCGGGUAAAUAUGGACUUCCCAAACCAAAGUCCGGCUGCCCAGAGAACUGGAUGGAGGGGAGGAGGUUCACAAACRCUGAGGAGUUGAACUCCAACAGCCGUCAAUUCAAAGACUGGUUUCAUCUUUCAGGUUUUGUUAGCACUCAAGGAGUUGAGCAAGAGUUUUGUACUAAAACGUCAGACGAAGGCAGUGGAACCUGGCCUUCAGGGCGAUACUGCAUACUAAAAGGAGGGAAGUGUCCUCAUGGACUGGUAGAGGGGUACAUCCAUUGGAGAGACAAGAACUACCUGAAUCAGAAGUACGACAAAGCAGCGGUUAUACCACAGAAAGAUAAGAAAGUUGAAUAUUGCUGUAAUGCUAAUGGUCAACCUACAAAGCCAAUAGUAUUACCGUUGAACAAGCCCUUCUAUCUGUACGCGUACGGCAGCAGUGACUGUCAAGUCGUCAAAGGAGCGCAAGUCAAGAAAGAGCUCGUUCAUUUUGAGAUGAACACAAAGACCUUUCAUCAGGGAGAGGGUGGAGCACAUCCAUUCCAGGGUGGUCUAGGGAAUAGUAAUCAUCGACUGACGUACUGUUAUUAUACACCAGUAAAGACACAAAUCAUCCAGGAUGGAGGACAAGAAGUCGAGAAAGCCUUUUUCACAAACGAUGAGCUUGAUAAUAAGUCCCAGUCCUCCGCGUUAGCAGUAGCAAUAGGAGUGGGCGUGGCCUGUGCUUUAAUGGGAACAGCGACAAUAGCUUUCUUUGCUAAACGUCUUAUUGGGAAACGAGAUGAUGACGAUGAUGAUGACGACACUCCGAGACCUGACAACUAAACUGCGAUAGGUCACGUGACGACCAUUAUCAUAAUAAUGGGAGAUAUUAUUAUGUAUAUUAAGUUGAGCCUAAGUUUCUUUGGUCAGCGAUUACAAACAGAAAGUCUGGGGAAAUCCAAGUUCAGGCGUGACUUUUAAUUGGCUAAUACAACAAUGAAUUUUAACCGGAAGUCAAUGUGAAUCAAAGUUGUACAGGAAGUAAUAGAACUUAGUGCCAGUCCACCUCUGCUUCCGGCUUGUUCGUUUAUAAUUGCUGUCCAAAAGGAACGAAGGCUCAGUUACAAAGAUGACAAUGCAGCGUUGUACUUUGCUAUGCGCAGAUAGUUAAAUUACAGCCAUUCUAUAAGAGUAGUACGCGAAAAGAAAUGGUGAAGUUUGAUGUAAAGAGACCAUGGAUUUAUUAUUCAAGAUCAUUAUAGAUUAUCGCAAUAAUUUUUCAUUUGUUAUUAAAUGAAUAGGUCUGCUUCGAAAA